AGCCUGCUUGUAUCAAUACCCCCUUGCCAAGUGUAAAAAUAGCUCACUCAAGACCAUUCUCUUACAAAGAAGUUUCUUAUAGCUGUGGCUCUGUUGGUUGUUGGACUCUCCCCUGGCCCAGGCUUCAGCCAGACCAGUGAGGCACCAACUGAUGUAGGAUCUGUAUCAGUUAACAGAGUGGAGUUCUCCUAUACCUACAGUGGUGUCAACAUCAACAUCUACUUUAACAACUUGUUAGAGAAUCCAUUUUUCGGCGAUUACUACUCCUACUCUUACUACAACCCCGGCUUGCCGUCGGAUGUGUCUGAUGAUGUACCAUGCAUUUUGAACCAAUUUGUUUUCAGAAAUACACUCACAAAUGAAAUCUUCCAGGCAGAAUACCUGGGUACUUGCAAUUCCUACGAUAUCAACCAUAUUCGGAUUAAGAUGAAUCCUAUAGUAUAGAGAUUUUCUCAGGCUAGUUGUGAAGGAUUUUAUUGAUACCAACUCUACUACGCCCUUGGGCUUGGAAAUGUACACUGCAGAUAUACUUGGAGCUCCGUUCAACCUUCGAAUAGAACCAGAUAACGCCAUUGAGUUUGACUUGAGAUUGGACUUGAGGUUCAAUGUUAGGAUUAGAGAACUUGACUAUUGGACUGAUGAGGGGAUUCUUCUGAUUUAUUUCAAUGCUUUAAUUGACAUUGUGACUGUCAAUGCCAGCAAGCUUUCACUCACACUCUCUCCCUAUUACAGUCAGGAUGUAAGCAAUACUGUUAGCAUUACUGGUGGUGAAAUACUGAACUAGUCGUCUGGCUUAACAUCAUCUGUGGCUAUCAAACUGACUUCUAGUGAUCAAGAUCUUGUUGUCAGCAGAGGAAUAUGGGCUAAUGGCAGUUCAAUUUACAACAGUUUCAUUGUCUUAGAAUCAGGAUUUGCUGUUGCGUAUUUUGGAGCAGAGGUUUCUCUCACCACUCCCUAUUUAGUCACUAAUAUCCGGAGAGCCCCCACAGGUGGUUUUAAUAGAUCUAUAUGUGCCACACGUAUAUAGUUUGAUGAUAACACAAGUUGGCUAUAGAUCAAUUAUCAGCUAUAACGUGCAAAGAUUAAACGUGGCUUCCGGUAAGCGGUCAACGAAACGCUUUUAUAGACGCCAUUCCAUGAAAUUUAAGUGCCACGAAAAUGUUGCUCUAUAUAUACGGUAAGUUCAUGUCAUGUAAGUAGCUAUAUGAUGUACAAGUAUAUACCUACACACAUGUACACAUGCACACGCACAUGCACACACAUAUUCGCUAGCCACCACUGCUGCACCAUCAGUUAUGACUGCAUGUACCUGAUUACGCUAUUCCUAAUGUCGUUGUCGUGGAGAUCAACGGAUUCACUCUUUCCACGUUCACUCUAGAGAAUCAGAGGCGUUUCAGAGAAGCCACAGCAGAUGCUGUCAAUGCUUACUGUGAGGACAAGGAGUGUCUGGUAGCAAGAACAAGGAGGAGCACUCUCACGGCUGACAACCUCUACAUUGCUGACAUCACUAGCACUGGAGAGUCUAGUGUCAGCUUCAGCUUGUAUGCUCGUGUGGGUAGUGGCAUCCUCAGUGGCAGUGCCUUGGCAAUGGCUGUACUGGAUCAUCGUGACGAGUACGCAGCCCUAGGUUUUAAUGUGGUGCCUACGGAAUCAACCACUCCCAUUCUGACAACCAGUCAGAUUAUUGGUAUAGCGGUGGGAGGUGGUCUUGGACUGAUCCUAAUACUGGUCGUUCUUCUGCUUACUAUCACAUGUUGUUGUGUGAAGCAUCGAUCAGGACAACCCAAGAAAGGAGGAGACCUCACCAAUGCUGGAACUAGCCUUGACCUGAAGCCAGUACCUUAUGAGGGCCUCAAAGAACAAACCGUGGGACUAGAGUCUGAGGAGAAGGAAAGAGAUGUCGACUAUGAGAGAUAAUUAAGUAAACCGCUAACAACAACUUAUACCACACUUACGUCACCACAAAUUGAUCUCAUUGGUCAACAGCUGUAGGAUAUAUAGAAUAUUAGCAUACAGCCCCAGGCAUGCACAGUUUUCAAGUUGUUUUUUAGUUUUUUCAUUUGUUCAAGAAAGUAAGCAAAGAGAAAAGAGCCAUGCUUGACGGUACUAAGACUCAAAGCGACGGCAGAAACACGGAAGGUGCUCUCCAACAAGAUGGCUAAGCUUCCAUGGGCCCAUGGGCGCGGUUUAGAUACAUUUUAUCCAAGAAGAGCGUGCAACUCCAGUAAGGGACGUCGAAUGGUCAACGCUUGGACCAAGGAAGCUCUUGAGCAUCUGUAGGAGUCAACAUGUUGCUCAACUAGCUCUUUGACGGCUGCAAAAUCCGGCAUAGUCUUGUUCUUUUUUGCAGUCUGCAUCGUGAUUGAAUUGUUGCUAGGGGGAGGUCCUUUUAUAGUGCUGCGGUCACGUGGUAUAAGUCAGAUAUGCCACACCUACUCGGAGGAUAUACACCCAAUAUAUCCUCCGCUACCGUGGUUACAUACCCCUCGGCUUCGCCUCGGAGUAACCACGGUAGCGGAGGAUAUAUGAGUGCAUAUCCUCCUCUUAGGUGUGGUAUAUCCUAUACAUGUUUGUGUAUGUUUUAAGUAUGUAGCUGGUGAACUUUUAUAUAGGAUUUAUGCCAAAUAAUUAUCCCAUUGUAUGCCUUGGAGGUAUAUGAACGGUAACCCGCUGGCCGCGGCACGGCCUCAGGUUAAUUAGGUACCUAACCCACUUAGAGUAUCCUUAUCAAUGUUUAUUGUGCACAUUGCACUUAUACCACACUGCUUUCAACUUCUGCACUGAUGACUGAUGACUGAUGGGUGACGUCGUAUUCUCAAGCAUGCAUAUAGCAGUAUAGAGCUGCACUCAGAUGAUAUAUGCACUCUGUAUAUCCGCUACGCCUCGGAGUAACCACAGGAGGAUAUAAUUGUGGGUGCAUAAUUAUUUCCUCCUCGUAGGUGCAUGUGCAUGAUAUAAUUAUAUCCUAUAUAUACAACAUUAAUCAGCCAACAAACCUUAAAUUAAGGCCAGUGGCGUCGAUUUGUAGGCUAUUAAGUAGAGAUGACUUAAUAUCCAAGCUGCACUAUAAUUAUGUAGAUAUAGCCUUAUACUCUUUUAAACUAGAGCCCCCCCCCAAGAAAUUGAGAAAUUGCUUCCUAUACUCCACUGGUGGCUAUGAGAUAUGCUAUAUAGCUGGAGAAUUCUAAAGAGGGGCAAUCCUUUAAGGGCUGACUGUCUUAAAUAUUGUAUGAUGUUCUCUUCUCCGUGUCUGACUAUAUAAUUAUACGCUGAACUGAACAUGAAGCUCCCUCCAAGCUGAUAUAGGUGAUCAAUAGCUGUAACUUUAACUGUGGUAGAGUAAGUAGCCGAACUCUGUCAGAGAUCCAAGAGAUGAUGUGUAACACGAGCUAUAUUUGUGAUUACGCAACUUAGUUUUUCUCGUCCUGCAUGAGUGCGCAUGUUGUCCCACUAAAACGAAACGGUAUUCAAUAAUAUAUAUAGCCUUAUAGGCAUAACAUCUAACCUAACUCUAUUAUAAACCUAACCCUAACCCUAACCAUAGCCCUAAUCUUCUUUCGUUGUAGUAACACAUAUGACCCCAUGCACACGGGGCAUAAUUAUACAUAUACAACUGCAAGGUUCAGACCACAAUAGACACAUGAUAGGUUCAGACCACAAUAGACACAUGAUACCACACAUGUACUUGUACUUUAUGUAACAUGCAGAUCCUCUUUGAUCUUUUAAAUAUACAUAUAACUGCAUGCAAUGCUCAGACACAAUAGAAAUCUAUACAUGUGUGUUAAUAAUUCUUUUUUAAGAAAAGGUAAUUCAGCACUGGCUGGCUGCAGUGUCUGAGUGGCUGUGGAAUGUGUUGUUGUUUCCCCUUGCAGGAUGUUCAAUAUACACAUGCAUCAGUAUACGUACAUAAUACUUUGGAUUCAAUUGAAGUGUAUACCUUUUAUUGCUAACAUCAGCAUGCAUCUUUCUAAAGUUAUACUUCUUUCUUUAUAAACGUUUCAUUUGAAUGAACAUAAUUAUAACGUAUGACGCUUUAAUUUCAAGGAACUAAAAUUAUAUUUUCGAGGUUCAAAUGAUCACACUUUUACAGUAUUUACAAUACAUGCAGGAAGUAAAUAAUGCCUAAAAUUUCGUCCAACCAACUGCUGCUGACUGCCAAUUUCCCUCCCGUCAUCUACGUGUAUUUGGCAAUGUGACUGAUGACAAGUUAAGAGUGUGACUGACGUGGUAUUGGUGGAUAGACUGCCGGGCCACUCUACUGCCUACCCCAAUAUAUUAUAACCAUGUUGAAACUCGAUUGCGGAUAUUUCUCUCGUAUUUAUGGCAACUGAUGAGAUGAGCUGGAUGCUGGGUAUAUUAUAAUUCAUGGCUUAGUGUUAUACCUGGUGCAUUUGGAGGGCAGUAAAUUGAGCAACGUAGAGUAUGUAUUAUGCAUGACUUCAAUAAGGGGUCACUAUUUUUGGUUGUACAGGAAUGUGAUUUAUGCUUGUGAGAAUAAUGGCAACUGCACACUGGACAGGAGCUAGUGGAGGGCCGGAGUCAGUGAGAGUGUAUACUAUCAUCUCUAUGAAUCUGUGUAUGCAAAGUAGUUAUUAGUGCAUGUGCCACAAGCUGUUUAUAUAUAGAUUUGAUGUUGAUGUUUACUAUAGACUCUAUAUAAUUAUAUACUCCCUAAUUGUGGCAUUCACAUUGAGGAACUAUAUAUUUUGGGGGUGUGGCUUGUAUUUCUAUUAUAUAAACAGCUCUAGCUAUUUAACCUCUCCUCUCCAGCGACCAAACCUGUGCACACAAUAAUUAUACAGUGAUAAAGUUUCCACUAUAAUUAUAGAGGCUCGGCUUUCUUAUUCCUGGUAUAUAUACAUUAAUGUGAGAAAUAUUGAUCAAUAAUUCCCCUUGGGGUCUGUAUCAUAGCAACAGGGUGGGGUUUAACUACCAUAAACCCCAGCCCUGGAGCACAUUCCUCAUAAACUCCCUUGCCUUGAGGGCGCACUGCAUGAUUUUAUACUAUAAAAUUAUAAAAUUAUAA